GGGUUCUGGUCAGAAUCCUGGCAGCAGCGUUCUGUGUGAGCUGUCUGAUGGUCUUUUUGGGAAGACCUGUAAGGAGUCCAUUACAGUAAUCCACCCUGCUGGCGAUGAAUGCAUGAACUAGUUUCUCUAAAUCUUGGCUUGAGACAAAACAUCUGAUUCUGGCUAUGUUUCUGAGAUGGUAGUAUGCUGAUUUGCUUAUUGCUUUGACAUGACUGCUGAAACUUAGGUCAGACUCCAAAAUGACCCCAAGAUUUUUUACCUUGCUUCGUGUCUUUAGACCUCUUAAGUCAAGGUAUGUGUUUACCUUGUUAGUUUCAUCCUUGUUGCCAAAAAUAAUGACUUCAGUUUUGUUUUUAUUUAACUGAAGGAAGUUUUGACACAUCCAGCUGUUUAUUUCAUCAAUGCAUUGGCAAAGAGAGUCAAUAGGUCUGUAGUCAAUGGGUGAGAGGGCUGUUAUUUUUAGUCAAGACCAAGAUCAGAGUGUCUAAGACAAGGCUGAGAACCCCAAAAUAGUACAACACUUGUGUAAAUUUGUCAAACAAUUUUUAUCAAACCUAACCUGAAUGAUUAUUUACAUCACAGGGUCUAUAACAACGCAUUGAAUAAAAAUUAAGACGAAAAUAACAAAAUAGGCUAUAAUAAUCAAAUGGACAUUUCUAACCACAAUGUAAAAGCAUCGUCACCGUGUUUUCGUUUUCAUUGCUUCUUACAUGAUUCUGUAAAUACAAAUCAUUUUCAGACACCAAUUUGCUUUAAAUGUAUGAUUAAGCAUUGAUUGACACCCAGCUUAUAAUACCGUUGUACUUUUAUAUACCAAUACAGAUACAAUAGAGAUGUACAAAUAUAGCUGUUGUGGUGGUGGGAGGGUUCCGUCAUGGCUGCUUCCUUGAUAUAAAUGAAAGAUAGAAACGCUGUAUGUCAGCGACAGCAGCAGAAGCGUCACAGGAAGCUACACCAGACUGCGGCUCGCUUACACACACACAGAUACAAAUGACUUCCUAAAGACUCAAAGCUCUCACAGUAGACCUUAAUACAUUCACAACCUGCACGACUGUGCUCGUCAAAGCGGAAAAUGGAGAAACAGCACUCGUCUGAGUCAGACAGUCCGAUGCUGCCGGUUGUGCCGAGAAAACCACGAACCCUGGUAGCAGGAAUCCCAGCAUCACGAAAGGACAGCGUGGAUUCACUAGAAAGCCCGUCAUCUCAUGUGGAAUGGUGCAAACAGCUUAUAGCAGCCACUAUCUCAAGCCAAAUGUCCUGCGGCGUCCCGCCAGACGCAGUGACCCGCGAGUGCAAGGUUGGGAAGAAGAUAGAUUUUAGGUCUCAGGACUGUGGUGAAGAACAUGGCUAUCAGUGUGACAGCUGCUUUGAGCUGCCCUCUCACCCUCCGCAGGUAUUCAAAAGGCAAGCACCUGUGGAUGAAGUCCAACUGGUCCCUGGAGAAACCAUCAAAACCACUGUUAAGGAUGUGAUUUAUAUCUGUCCUUUAACUGGAGCCGUGAGGGGCACACUGACAGUCACAGACUACAAACUUUACUUCAUCAGUCUAGAAAGGGAUGCUCCUUUUUUGCUGGACGUGAACAUCUGUGCUAUCAGCAGACUGGAGACUUUUAGCGUACAGAGUCUUGGAGAAAAUACUAGUGGCAUUGAGAUUGUCUGUAAGGAUAUGAGAAGUCCCAGGUUUGCUUAUAAAAAUGAGGAGCAGAGUAAGCUGGAGAUUUUGGAGACGUUGACCAAGUAUGCCUUCCCCUUGUCUAAUGGCCUGCCUCUCUUCACUUUCCAAUACGAGGAAAAGUUUCCAGAGGAUGGAUGGAAGGUUUAUGAUCCAGUGGCUGAGUACAAGAGAAUGGGUUUGCCGAAUGAGAGCUGGACCAUCCGUAAGAUCAACAGUAAUUAUGAAGUGUGUGACACAUAUCCUGCUUUACUUGUUAUUCCAAAGAGUAUUGAAGAUGAUGAGAUCAAACGUGUGGCCUCUUUCAGAGCCAAACACCGCAUUCCGGUCCUCUCCUGGGUCCACCCAGAAUCUCAGGCCACUAUAGUGCGUUGCAGUCAGCCAAUGGUGGGGCCCACAGACCGUCGGUGUAAAGAAGAUGAGCACUACCUUCAGACCAUCAUGGAUGCAAACGCACAAUCCCAUAAACUCACCAUAUUUGAUGCUCGGCAGAACACCGUAGCCGAUAAUCAUAAGGCUAAAGAUGGAGGUUAUGAGAAUGAGAACUUCUAUCCCAACAUGGAGCUGAAUUUCUUGGAGAUCCCUAACAUUCAUGUUAUAAGAGAGUCUCUGCGUAAGCUGAAAGAGGUGGUUUACCCCACAAUCGAUGAACAGCGCUGGCAUUCAGCCAUAGAUUCCACACACUGGCUGGAGUACAUUCGGCUGUUGCUUGUGAGUGCAGUGCGGAUUGCAGAUAAGGUGGAGUCCAGUAAGAGCUCUGUGGUGGUACACUGCAGUGACGGCUGGGACCGUACGGCUCAGCUCACUUCUCUGUCUAUGCUGAUGCUGGACUCCUACUACAGAACUCUCCGGGGCUUCCAGGUGCUGCUGGAGAAGGAAUGGAUGAGUUUUGGACACAAGUUUGCUUCGCGUGUCGGUCAUGGAGAUGAAAAUCAUUUAAACUCUGAGCGCUCCCCUUUAUUCGUGCAGUUUAUUGACUGUGUUUGGCAGGUGAUGAGACAGUUUCCCACCGCCUUUGAAUUUAAUGAGCUCUUCCUCAUCACCAUUCUGGACCACCUCUAUAGCUGUCUGUUUGGUACAUUUCUCUACAACAGUGAACAUGAGAGAGUACAAAAGGCAAUGAACAGUAAGACGGUGUCUUUGUGGUCUUACAUUAACAGUCAGCCAGAAGACUUUACCAACCCAUUUUAUGUGAACUAUGAAAACCAUGUGUUGUACCCUCUAGCUAGUUUAAGGCAUUUAGAGCUGUGGGUCGGAUAUUAUGUGCGCUGGAACCCCCGUAUGAGACCACAGAUGCCAGUACACCAGAACCUGAAGGAGCUGCUGUAUUUGCGUACAGAGCUUCAGAGGAAGGUGGAGGAACUUCAGAAAGAAGUAUCUGCUUCACACUCAAUCUCCUCCUCCGCAGAGCAUGCGUAUUCUCCUUCACAUGGCGGCACACCCCUACAUACCUCCGUUUAAAAUACAUAGGAAAGUAAGCUCUAGUUUAAACAAAAACGGUAAUGUGACAUCUUCAUCUGUCAAGUCUUUUAUUCUCACUUCAAAAAUACAAAAAGCCAAGUACUGAAACUCUCAAAAACUUGCAAUAACACCCAAAAAGUGGACAGUCUUCUGCACAAUUCACUGUCAUUUUUUGUUUUUGUGAAACUGCUCUCAUUCACAUACUUCUAGUCAGAUCAGGAAAAGCUUUAAUUGGAGUUUUAAUUCUGGUUAUAAAUUGUCCUGUAUUUUAACUAGUUUAAUUUCUAAUAUUUGACGUGUAAAUAUGCAGAAAUUGUAAUAAUUUAUUGGCUGAAGAAUAAGUGUGUUGUCGGCUUUUAUAGAGUCUUUCAUUUCUAGUAUUUUCUUUAUUAGUUUGUAGUUUUUAAUCACCUCAACCUGCCUCGGUGGCAAUUUCGGUAUGACUGUUUUUAUAUUUCACUCCAGUUUUAUUUUUUCUAUAGUUUACUUAUUUACGCAUGUGAAUGUUUUAGUUGGUAAAAUUAGGUGGGAUAGUUGUUUUAACAUCAUUUUGUUGUAAAGAUUAGAUCCUUCAUUGUGUCAGGAGAGAAUGGUGCUGUUAAAUACUGCCAUUUUAAACCACAUAAUGUUUUUUUUGUGUGUUUCUCAAGCACUUGUUAGUAUAAAGAUGAAAGACAUAGUGUCUGUUCUGUUUUCAUAUGCAUACUUUACCAUGUACUGCCUGUACUACUGAAAUUUAUGUUUACAGAAGGUAAAAUAGGGACCAUCAUAUCCGCACUCCACCUGUUGAGUAUGUUUGUUGUGUUGUUGUUGUGUAUUUCUGUGGAGCCUUUACAUAUUGCGCGAGAAACUUUUACCAUCUUCAGUUAUUGCUUGUCAACUUGUACACUUAAUAAGUAUGUAAGAAAGGAAGUUAUGACAGUAUAAGGGAGAAACAUUUCAGAUCAUUUUAACAACUCGGGGUGUGCACCUCAAAGGGACAGUUCCCCCAUAAGGUUUAGUCAUUGUUUAGUAACCCUCUUGUCAUUUCAAACCUGUAUGACUUUCUUCUGCAUAACACAAAAGAUGAUAUUUUGAGGAAUGUUGGUAACCAAGCAAUCGCGGUACCCAUUCACUUUUAUUGUGUGCACACAAAACCAAUGCAAGUGAAUGAAGGCCAGAAUAUAGUCAUAACGGUUUGAAAUUACAAGAGGAUGAGUAAAUGAUGGUGUGUGAACUUAACUUUAAGAGACCAACUUUCAAUGCCAGUUAGUGUUUUAAAAAUGUAUGACUUGGAUUUUUAUAAUGCACCUUACAAAAAAGAAUAAACAUAAUGUGUAUAUUU